UAUCGAUAAAACAAGUUGUUUAUUUUUUAGUUUUCAGAGUGUGGUCACAUUGCCGGCAACAAUAAUAAACACUUGGCAUGUGAAUACAAAUAUCUUUCAAAAAGUUUUUAACAAUGCUGCAACGCGCACAACCAAGAGUUGAAAAUCCACGUUAUGGGCAGCUAAUCAUCGGACCACCCGGGUCAGGCAAGACCACAUACUGUAACGAGGCGUACAAAUUCUAUCGGGAAUUAGGGCGACAAGUUGGCGUAGUCAAUUUGGAUCCCGGUAAUGAGAAUAUGUCCUACGAGCCGGUGAUCAACGUAAUGGAGCUGAUUACAGUGGGAGAUGCAAUGGAGCACCUGAAACUGGGACCCAACGGUGCACUGAUGCAUUGUGCCGAGUACUUGGAGCAACACAUAGAUGAUUGGCUGUUGCCAGCAUUAAGAAAACUCAGCGCCACUCACAAUUAUUUUCUCUUCGAUUGUCCGGGUCAAAUUGAAUUGUAUACGCAUCACGAAGCGAUGGCGCAUGUGUUUGAGCGUUUGGAGCAAGAGCGCUAUAGUUUGGUCACUGUGAAUUUGAUUGAUUCGCAUUAUUGCUCGGAGCCAUCAAAAUUCAUAGCCACAUUGUUGAUGGCAUUGAACACGAUGUUGCGGAUGAGUUUGCCACAUGUCAAUGUGCUGUCCAAGGCUGAUCUGUUGCGCAAGCAUGAAGCGAAACUGCACUUUAAUGUCGACUACUACACGGAUGUGCUGGAUCUCAAGUACUUGCUGGAGAAACUCGACGAUGAUCCCACAAUGCGCAAGCAUCGCAAACUAAAUGAAGCCAUCUGUUCCAUGGUGGAAGAUUAUGCAUUGGUGUCGUUCAAGCUGCUCGAUGCUUUUAGCACGGAUAGCAUGUUGAGGCUCCGAAAUCACAUUGAUAAGGCCAACGGUUAUGUGUAUAAGGCGGGGGAAGAGCAAACGGUCAACUCUCUGCUUGCCUGUGCUGUGGGUGCUGAAACGGAAGCACUGCGUCAACAGCAUGAUAUUGAGCCCUAUACGCAACGACAGUGACCAAUGUUAAAAAAUUAUAUUAUAAACAAGCCUAACAAAAGUAA